GGACCCAGUCCUCUCUCCCGGUUUAAUUUUUCUGAUGAAAUGUUGUGAAGAGAUUGUGUUUUAGUGAAGAAUUUAUUGAUUUCUCCCUCCAGAUCUCCUUGUAUUUUACUCAGAGGGGUUUUCGCCGCCAUGCCGACCGUCGAUGUUGAAAAGGAGCGACUAUUCCAUGCGCUUGGGCAAAGAUACACUGAUGAUGAGUUCCAAGAGCUCUGUUUUGACUUUGGACUUGAGCUGGAUGAAGUGGUGACUGAGCCUGUGAAUGAAGCUGACAAGGAUGGGGAGCAAGCGGUUAUUUAUAAAAUUGACAUCCCUGCUAACAGAUAUGACCUGCUGUGCUUGGAAGGUCUUUCUAGAGCAAUCCUGGUCUUUUUACAAAAAAAAGAGGCCCCACGAUACACAUCAGUCAAACCAGAAGAACGCAUGGAAAGAUUGGUUAUUCACAAAAAUACUACUGCUGUCAGACCCCAUUGUGUGGCUGCAAUUCUAAGGAACAUCACUUUCACUAAAAAUAGUUACGACAGCUUCAUUGAACUCCAAGAUAAACUUCACCAUAACUUAUGCCGGCGUAGAACCUUAGUUGCCAUAGGAACACAUGAUUAUGACAACAUUAAGGGUCCGUUCCUAUAUGACGCCAGGCCACCCACGGAAAUCAAGUUCAAGCCACUAAGUCAGACAAAAGAAUUUACUGCAGUUGAGCUGAUGGAGUUGUAUAAGGGAGAGAGCCAUCUAAAGCAGUACCUCCCCAUUAUCAGAGAUAAGCCUGUCUACCCUGUGAUCUACGACAGCAACAAUGUUGUACUAUCUAUGCCACCAAUCAUAAAUGGAGAACACUCCAAAAUCACCUUGAACACAAAAAAUGUGUUUAUUGAAAGCACAGCUACAGAUCUACACAAAGCUAAAAUCGUCCUUGAUACUCUGGUCACAAUGUUCAGCGUUUAUUGCAAAGAGCCUUUUGUUGUUGAAUCAGUAGAAGUUGAACAGCCAGACGGGUCCAUUCUUGUCUACCCUGAGCUGAAGUAUCGACACGAGGUUGUCUCUGUUGAUGAAAUAAAUAAAAAGAUAGGUAUCAGCGAGAGCCCAGAGAGCAUCGCUAAGCUCCUGACCAAGAUGUGUCUACGGAGUGAAGUGUUGGAUGGUGGCAAGUCAGUCAAAGUAGAAAUCCCACCAACAAGGGCAGAUGUUCUUCAUGGCUGUGAUAUUAUUGAAGAUGUGGCCAUUGCUUAUGGCUUCAACAACAUUGUGGAAACCAUUCCCUCAACGAACACUAUAGCUAACCAGUUCCAGCUGAACAAAGUCUGUGAUCUCCUGGGGCAAGAGAUCGCACAAGCCGGGUUUACUGAAGUCCUGACCUUCGCCUUGUGUUCGCGAGACGAUGUGUCCGAAAAGUUGAAGAAGCCGCUGAGUGAAUCAAGAGCUGUACACAUCGGCAACCCCAAGACACUGGAGUUCCAGGUUGCCAGGACGACCCUGUUGCCAGGGAUACUGAAGACCCUGUGUUGCAACAAAAAGAUGCCAUUACCCAUCAAGCUGUUCGAGAUGUCUGACGUAGUGCGCAAAGAUGACAACAAAGAUGUCGGUGCACGGAAUAAUAGACGUUUUUGUGCCGUCAACUACAACAAGACCCCCGGAUUUGAGGUCAUCCACGGGCUGUUGGACCGCACCAUGCAACUACUAGAAAUCAAACCCACAGAAGACAAACACACCAACCCAAACCAAGGCUAUCAUCUUCGCCAGCACGACGACGCUACAUUCUUCCCCGGUCGGUGUGGUGAGGUGGUCGUCAAUGGUCGCCCGGUGGGAAUCGUCGGCGUCCUACAUCCAGAUGUGGUCAGCAGAUUUGACCUUAACUUGCCAUGCGCGGCACUGGAAAUUGAUCUAGAGGCUAUUCUGUGAUACAUGAAAUAGUACAAAUCAUCCUUGUAAUGGGCAGAAGAAUCACAAUAAAAUAAUUACUGUCGUUUGAA